UCGAAGGCGGAAGUGAGUGAGGAAGUACGGAAGUAGAAAGCGGUGACUGGACGAUCUCUGCGACUCUUUCUCUGUUUUCAUCUCUAAAACACAUUUAAUUAGCAAAAAAAAUGUCCACUAGUUCACAGUCGGCCCGCUUCCGGAAGGUGGACGUGGACGAAUAUGACGAGAACAAGUUCGUGGACGAGGACGAAGGAGGGGACAGUCAGGGCGGACCUGAUGAAGCAGAAGUGGACUCUCUGCUCAGACAGGGGAACAUGAAUGGUGCUCUCCAGGCUGUGCUGAAGAACCCUCCAAUCAACACCAAGAACCAGAACGCCAAGGAGCGAGCGGAGCAGCUGGUGGUCAAAGUGCUGAGCAGCUUUAAGAGCAGUGACAUAGAGAAGGCCGUGGGAUCGCUGGACCGAGCCGGAGUGGACCUACUGAUGAAGUACAUCUACAGAGGCUUCGAGAAACCCACGGACAACAGCAGCGCCGUCCUGCUGCAGUGGCACGAAAAGGCUCUGGCUGUGGGAGGAGUUGGCUCCAUCGUGCGAGUCCUGACUGCCAGGAAGACCGUCUGAUUGUCCACCAAUCGUCUGAUUGUCUGCCUCCUUAUUUGUCCUGCUCCUCGUCCUCUGCUGUUGGACAUGAGCCAUUCUUUUGUCAUACUGGAACAUGAGUGUCCUUGUGAUUGCAGUCAGCUGUAUUUGUUUCUAUUCUGUCCUGUCCUUGCCUUCACUGUUUACAGUCACACCUCUGGGAUGUCGUGAUCAGUCAGCGAGGAAGGGUCAGGGAGGUGCUGGCACCUCAGACUGUCUUUGACUGCAUCUCCAGCCAGAACCAGACAACACACAUUUUGGACAACAUUCUGUCCAGCGCAGCUCAGUCAGAACAGCGUCACAGCUGCUCUGAUAUCCCUGCUGCUCCACUGAAACAUCUCCUCAUCCUCCUCCUGCUCUUAUUCUUCUUCUCCUCUGAGUCUUCCAGGUUAAAGAACUGGAAAAUACUUGUUCUUGGCCGGAUCGCCGUGCACUGGUGAAGACCAAGUGCACACUCGGUGCUUUUUCUUUCAUGCUCUGCGCUUCGACUGUUCUUUUCUGUUUACAACAGUUCCGCACAUGGCUUAUAAUAUUGUUUCUUUUUAUACCUGUAAAAGAAAAUAAAUAUAGUGCUAAAUCUAAAA